AUGUCGUCGGCACGCAGCGGUAGUAGCAGCUCCAGGGGCAGCAAGAAAUCUGGCCGCCGCCCUCAAGCAGCAACGCUCGAGCUCAUCGAGGGCCUCACGACGCACCGCAUCAACACCCUCACGGAGCUCUGUCGCGUCGAGCGCAUCGCCGCCGCGUGCCAGGACGAGGCCGACGCGCUCGCCUUCCAGCAGCCCAUGACAACGGCCUGGGCCUACUACGUGACGAGCCACCAGCUGCUCUCGGAGCUGCGCGGCCUCACGCCCUCGUUCCCCUUCAGCGGCGAGGUCGUGCACGACGCCUACACCCGCGUGUGCGUCGACCCGGACAGCAACCGCAGCUGGAACCUGGCCUGGCUGUGCCUGCGCCGCAUGCGCGACGACGGGCUCUUGCGCGCCUACGCCGCUAGGGAGGCGGCGCGUCCGGAGAUGUGGGCGGGCAGGCAGCCGGCCGAGGAGCAGGUGCGGCGGCUGGCGGCGUGCUUUGAGGGCGAAUGGGCGGCUGCCGUGGACACGAUGCUGCGACACUGGCAACAGCCGCCGGCGUGGUAUUGA